GGGAGAGAGUGGAGAAGUUACACGUGGAUCGUGUUAUAUCCGACUAAGUGGAAUGCGGCCACACCGUCAGACUGAAGAUUGGCCCCGGUUGGCACGGUUUCUCUUCUCCCUUUCGCCAUUCAAGAACCGGAGAACCAAGGCAGCGUUUCAGGAUGUCCGAGCCGAUCGUGAUAGUCAGUGCAGCUAGAACGCCCAUAGGGUCGUUAAAUGGGUCGCUUUCUAGCCUCAGCGCCAGCGCCCUUGGGCAAGCUGUCAUCAUGGAAUGUAUUAAGAGGGCCAAAGUCGACCCUGCUGAUGUCUCUGAAGUCAUCAUGGGGCAGACACUGACGGCAGGAGGUGGUCAAAAUCCAGCCAGACAGGCGUCGAUGAACAGUGGGAUUCCUUAUACUGUACCGGCCUUCACCGUCAACCAACUUUGUGGCUCAGGUCUCAAGGCUAUAUUUCUUGGAUAUCAAAGCAUACAGACUGGCGAUUCGAAAAUUGUCGUCUGUGGCGGUCAGGAGUCAAUGUCUCAAGCGCCUCACUACGUGCACAUCAGGUCGUCGGUGAGGAUGGGCAACAUUACGCUGACCGACAGUAUGUUGAACGAUGGCCUCACUGAUGCCUUUGAUAAUGUGCAUAUGGGGAUAACUGCCGAGAAUAUAGCUUCAGAGCACGGUAUCUCAAGGGCUGAGCAAGACAAGUUUUCAACAGCAUCUCAAAAAAAAGCCGAAGAAGCAUUAAAAGAUGGUCAUUUUCGCGACGAAAUUGUCAAAAUAGAAAUAAAGACGAGAAAAGGUGUUGAAGUUGUCGAUAGCGACGAAUUUCCCAGACCUGGGACGACUGAAGAGAAGUUGGCAGCUUUGAAACCAGUUUUUAAAAAGGAUGGGACAGUCACAGCAGGUAAUGCUGCAGGCAUAAACGACGGCGCAGCAGCUGUUCUUUUAAUGUCAUUGAACGAAGCCAAAAAAUACGGCUGUACACCUAUGGCAAAAAUCCUCGCUUUUGCACAAGUCGGAAUCGAUCCAAAAUUUAUGGGUUUGGGGCCUAUCAACGCCAUCAAAAAGUUGCUUGAGAAGGUAGGCUGGGAAGUGGAUGAUGUAGAUCUUUUUGAACUGAACGAAGCCUUUGCCGCUCAAUCGAUCGCUGUGAUUCAAAAUCUCGGCAUCAAGCCGUCAAAAGUCAACGUCUCAGGGGGCGCCAUUGCGCUUGGACACCCUAUCGGAGCGUCUGGUGCAAGGAUUCUCAUAACGCUUUUAUACGCAUUGAGGCGAACCAAUAGCAAAAGGGGUGUAGCCGCUUUAUGCAUUGGUGGAGGGAUGGGCAUCGCAGUCGCCGUUGAGUUGAUGAGUUAGCGAUGUACAGUAUUAAAAAAUGGUUACUACUUUUAAGCCUGAAAGUCUUUUUUGCUCAAAAAAGACUGACCAAUCAUUAAUUACUUUUUUAUUAUUGUUAGUAGCACUUGUUGUAAUUUGCUAGUUUUAUUUCACCUAUUUUUUUUUCUCCAAAGAAAAAAGUAUUAUUUAAUUAAUUAUUCGUUUUAUCUCAACCAAGACCUUAGAUAAAAAGAAGAAUUAAUUGAAAUAAUUAAUAUAGUCAGUUAUGACCUCUAAACAUAUGUGGGUUAAUAUAUUUAUUUAAUAUUUUUGUUAUAUUUUAAAGUCUAUAUUGUA